CCAGUUAUACGAUGAAGGCGUUCCGUACAAUUUAGUGCACUACUAUUACAAAUUUUAAUCUAAAACAUCUAUCCAAACCCCGCACAAUGUCCUCCAGCAGCAAUAUUCAGAUCCCUAGCCGGUUGCCUUUGCUGUGUACACACGCUGGAGUACUUUUGCCCGGCUCGACAAUGCGAAUCAGCGUCGGUACGUCAAGAAACAUGCAGUUAGUGAAAUGCAGACUGCUGAAGGGGACCUCGCUCAAAAGCGCCAUUAUUGGAGUUAUUCCUAACACCAGAGACCCCGAGCACGACAACGAUGAGCUCCCGUCCUUACACAGCAUUGGCACAGCUGGACUGGCAAUGCAGGUAGUGGGCAGUAACUGGCCAAAACCUCACUACACAUUGCUCAUUACUGGCCUGUGUUGAUUCCGUGUGACCGAUCUGCUGAAGGAGAGACCUUUCCCAGUGGCCGAGGUGGAACAGCUAGACAAACUGGAGCAGUACACAGAUGGAGAUCAGGGAGAUGGAGAGCUGGGGGAGCUGUCGCAGAGGUUCUGUCAGGCUGCUGUACAGCUGGUCGGAAUGCUGGACAUGUCAGUACCUGUGGUGGCGAAACUCAGACGACUUCUGGACAGUCUGCCUAGAGAAACACUGCCUGAUGUCCUUGCCUCCAUGAUCCGCACUUCAAACAAAGAGAAACUGCAGGUGUUGGAUGCAGUAGACUUAGAGGAGCGGUUUAAGAAGGCUCUGUCGCAGCUCACAAGACAAAUUGAGGGGCUCAAACUGUUGCAGAAGACCCGCAAACUCAGACCUGGCGAUGACAAGAGAUUGCAGGCCAUCCGUAAAGGUGGAGUGUUCCCAGGCCGUCAGUUCUCACUGGAGGAUGAGGGUGAGGAUAAGGAUGGUGAUGAUAUGGCUUUGCUGGAGAGGAAGGUUAAGGCUGCAGCGAUGCCAGAGUCAGCACUGUACGUGUUUCACAAAGAGCUCAGACGACUAAAAAAGAUGCCGCAGUCCAUGCCAGAGUACUCCCUCACCCGCAACUACCUGGAGAUGAUGGUGGAGCUGCCCUGGAGCAAGAAUACCACAGAUCGCCUGAACAUCAGUGCGGCACGGUUGCUCUUAGAUAAUGACCACUAUGCCAUGGAGAAGCUGAAGAGGAGAGUGCUGGAGUAUCUGGCUGUGCGACAGCUCAAAAGCUCUCUUAAGGGGCCCAUCCUGUGUUUCGUGGGACCUCCUGGAAUGGGAAAGACCAGCGUUGGACGUUCCAUCGCCCGCACACUGGGUCGAGAGUUCCACCGCAUCGCCUUGGGAGGAGUCUGUGAUCAGUCAGACAUCCGUGGCCACAGACGCACGUACGUGGGUAGCAUGCCUGGCCGCAUUAUAAAUGGACUAAAGACUGUUGGUGUAAACAACCCUGUCUUUUUACUGGACGAGGUGGAUAAACUGGGCAAGAGCCUGCAGGGAGACCCUGCCGCCACCCUGCUGGAGGUUUUGGACCCAGAGCAGAACCACAGCUUCACUGACCAUUACCUCAACGUGCCUUUUGACCUCUCGCAAGUGCUCUUCAUCGCCACUGCAAAUACCACGGCGACCAUCCCCUCUGCCUUAUUGGACAGAAUGGAGGUCCUCCAGGUGCCAGGGUACACCCAGGAGGAUAAGGUAGAAAUCGCCCAUCGGCACCUGAUCCCUCAUCAGCUGGAGCAGCAUGGACUGACCCCACAACAACUUCAGAUCCCACAGGACACCACACAGGAUAUCAUUAGCAAGUACACACGGGAGGCAGGCGUGCGAUCUUUGGAGAGGAAGAUUGGUGCCAUCUGUUGAGCAGUGGCUGUAAAGGUCGCUGAAGGUCGUAAGAUCUCUAGAGCAGAAUCCCCCACUGAACAACAUGCAGACCAGACUGCAGAGAGCAAGGAGGAUGAUUUUGGGAUAGCAGCACCUCCAGAGAUGCCCAUUGUUAUCGAUCACAUUGCCCUUAAGGAUAUUCUUGGCCCGCCACUCUUUGAGAUGGAGGUAUCAGAGCGACUGAUCCUACCGGGUGUGGCGAUUGGCCUGGCCUGGACUCCGAUGGGUGGGGAAAUCAUGUUUGUGGAGGCCAGUCGUAUGGAAGGGGAAGGGCAGUUGACCAUGACAGGACAGCUGGGGGAUGUCAUGAAGGAAUCAGCCCAUCUAGCUAUCAGCUGGCUCCGCAGCAAUGCCAAGACUUACAAACUCACAAAUGGCAGCGUUGAUCUUCUGGAGGGUACCGACAUCCACUUGCACUUCCCUGCAGGUGCCGUCACUAAGGACGGACCCUCAGCUGGUGUUACCAUAGUAACGUGCCUGGCCUCACUGCUGAGUGGGCGGCUGGUGCGCUCUGAUGUUGGCAUGACUGGAGAGAUCACUUUGAGGGGAAUGGUGCUACCGGUAGGCGGCAUAAUGGAUAAAGUCUUGGCAGCUCACUGGGCCAACCUGAAACGAAUCAUCAUCCCUAAGCGCAAUGAGAAAGACUUGGAGGAAAUAUCUGCCAAUGUGCGAGCUGACCUGGAUUUUGUUUUGGCCAGCACUCUAGACGAUGUCCUGAAUGCAGCAUUUGAUGGGGGCUUCCCUUCGGCUGUCAAUCAUCCACAAGUUGUUAGCAAACUCUGAGAAUGCAGUUGAUAGACAGACAAACUAACACACACAAAGAUGCAAGACAUUUUCUUCUCAGAGGACUUUAAACACAAACUAGCACUUAAUGUUUCUCUUAUCUGCAAGGAAUAGCUUUUUGCAGAUGAAUUGGAUUUAAAUUCCUUAUUCUUUUUCCUCUAACUCUUUUAAUAAAAGAUCAUUUAUCUAUUGUGACAGUAAUUAAUGCAACUAUGUUCCUGUUGAACUGACAAUAUAAGCUGAUGUUGGCAAAGCUGACAACGAGCAGUUUAUACUGUAGAUAAUUACAAGUAUCUGCCUUAUUUUUAGAAUAUUGCAUAGGAUAUUAAUUGCGAUUCUUAAUUGGUGUAAUUUAUCCAUGUCAGUGUUCUUCAUAUAGUCUUCAUUUUUGUCAUUCAUUAGUGUAACAAAGAAUACAAUUAUUAAAUGUUUAUAUGGGAAAAUUUUAUAGUGUAGUGUUUAGCAUGUAGAGAAUUAAGUACAGUUUCACAUAAGCAUAUAGAUUUGGUUAUGAUCUGUCAAAUUUGAUACAUGCGAGUUCAAGAUCUUAUAAUUUCCAUCAUAUUUCCAUAAAGUUUAUGUACAGGGUUCAAAUAAUGGAAAUGCUUUCUAUGUAGUAUUAAUCUGAAUGGAUAUACAUUACACGUUAUGCAGUUUUCUAUUUGGACACAUAAAAUGCUAUAAAAGUAACUUACCAUGACAUCUAAU